UACUCAACCGGAAGUGGGAUUUUCAAAAAAUUAAAGUUCGUCGUAUUUUUCAUUACAAAUUUAGCUAAAUAUCUAUAACUGACUGACGUUCAAACUAUUGAACAGAAGAACUAAGGGCCACAACAUUACUACAGACUACAUACAAGAAAUAGACAAGAGCAUUAUACUAGACACACCAGCCAACACUGAAUACAGCAUAAUGGAGGGAUCUAACAAAGCCCUUGACUUAGUGAAGAACAUGGCAAAGUCAGAACAAGGCAGACAUCUUGUCAUCCAUGAUGAUGUCCUGUUUGGUGGUCUUGUGAUGCUCUUAUCCAAUCCAGAUUUGUCAAUUGUUAGGGAUGCCUUGGAGACUUUGUUGAUGCUGUCCCACCAGAAAACUGACAAAAGCAGAAUGAGAGAUUUCAUAGGACUCAUGGAACAACUGGAGACUGUCAGAAAUGGACCAAUGCCAGAUCUGAAGGAGUUAGCAGAGAACAUUGAGAAAAAUCUAACUGAAGAUUCUGGCGAUGUUCUGAGAGAAAAACUUAUCAACAAAAGCAAACACACUCCUAUAAAAAGUGCCAAAAAGAAACACAGGAAUGUUUUUCUGACAAGAACCAAAGUUAUAACACUGCACAUAAAGGGACUUCAUCAUAAGACUGACAGUGAUGCCUGCCAUGAGGUCCUCAUAAGAGUGAAGGGAGUAAUAAGUGUCACCUGUAAUAUUCCUAAACAGAGAUGUAUCAUCAGGGCCAAGCUGGAGCUGGAGCCUGAGAUUCUAGUCCAUGCCAUAGCCUCAACGGAGACCAUGUCGGCAGAACAGGUUGUCCGUGAUGAAACAGGCAGAGAGGUUUUCCUCAGUUUUGGUGCCAAACCUCUGCCUAAUAAAGAGAACUAUGACAUGCCACCAUAUCUAGAAGAUGACGACAGUCCAGUUAAAGAAAAAGGUGCAAUAUCAAGAUUUGGUGAAGAAUCAGAUGCAAAAUCUGGCUGGUUUGGAAAAGUGGGGAACUUUAUAUCAAACUCUCUAUAUUGGAACUAUUGAGUUAUACCAGACUCACUUGGAACUAUUGAGUUACACCAGACUCACUUGGAACUAUUGAGUUAUACCAGACUCACUUGGAACUAUUGAGUUAUACCAGAGUCACCGCUUGUUUGCAAAACAAAGAUGUUGAAUUGCCAUUUAAGCCCAAAGAGAACUUUAUUUUAUACUUUGGACAACACUGACUGACUGAAACAUUGAAUGCUG